CGCGCCGUGUGCUGUUGCUCCGCUCCCCUCUUUCUCCCGUAAGCGACUCCGGAGUUCUUCAGACAUAUGCUUCGUGCUUGGUCUCUACGGAGGUUCUUCUUGUGUUCUUGCUCUGUUGUCGUGACCCCUCCUCUCUCCUCUUUCUCUCUCACACUCUUCCCGGACCCAAGCGGACAAAAAAAAUUCCAUAAAACAACAGGAAAAAGGAAAUGGGCAGAGCUUCAGGAGUGGAAGAGAAGAGUUGCGGUUUCAAAGUGGUCAGUUGAGGUUUGAUAGUUCUUGGAUGCUGUUCGAGAGUUUCACUGGAAUUUUGUUUGUUUGUGCGUUGGGAAAGCUUUUGGGGAUUACGGAAUAGCAGAAAAUCGUCAAGAUAAUUAAGAAAAAACAAGCAUCAAGAAUUUUCAACUGAAUUUCAACCCAGCAAACAUUGACUCAACACUUGACUCUUAACAAUUUGACGAACUUCCGAAAUCUUACCGUUAAGGAUUCUUGCGUUGGUUUCCGAAGGGUUGGCUAAAUUACGCCCCGGGGAUAGCGCAGAACACCUGCUGCUCUCGCCAGGAGCUGACAGCAGCACAGCGCAACAGCACGGACUAGACAUCAGAAUCACCGGGACAUUUCACCCUCUAAUGAGCAAACAAUCACCUACUGCUAGCUGCUGUCACGGUCUAUCGAAUUAACGGGAGUAGCACGCAGAGACGUUAACAUAUUCCCGAUUUCCAUUUGAAAGUGAUGAUGAUGGCACGACCAGAGUUAUGGACCUUGUUGGCUCUCUGGUUCACGCUGGUUGAUUUUGGAGCAGUUUCGGGGCUAAAAGCAAUUGCCAUAGUGAAGAACGAGUCCCACCCGGUUCUGUUUCGGCAGAAGAGAGCCUGGAUCUGGAACUCUCUGUACGUGGAAGAGGAGAAGCCAGCGCCCAUCCCGUAUAAGAUAGGACAAUUGAAGUCCACCCUGCCUGUAGAGGUCAAGAAGUUCAGCAUAGAUGGAGAAGGAGCUAACACUAUCUUCACGGUGGGACCCACGGGGGACCUGUUUGUGACCAGGUCUUUGGACAGGGAGGAGAAGAGCAUCUACCAUCUGAGCGCUAAGAUGUACGACGGGAACAACAAGCUGGUGGAGGACUCGGGGAACUUUGAGGUCGUCGUGAAUGACAUCAACGACAACAUUCCCGUCUUCCCCAAAGGCUUCAACGGAUCAGUGUUGGAGAGGUCCCCAGUAGGGACUCAGAUCGUGGAGGUGAAGGCCACUGACGCCGACGACCCCACCACUGCCAACGGAGAGCUGCGCUACUCCCUGGUCCGCGGAGGAGACGGAAAAUUCCAGAUUGAUGAGUUGACAGGCAUGGUGAGCUGCAGCAAAAAGGAUCUGGACCGAGAGAGUGUGGAGCAGUACAUUCUGGUGGUCCGGGCUCAGGACAUGAGGGGCCUACCUGCUGGAAGCACUGCCACCACCACAGUGACCGUCAGCAUCACAGACAUCAACGACAACAUCGCCUCCUUCACCACCAAUGCUUUUGAGGUGAGCGUGCCUGAGAAUCACAAGCUGAAUCAGAAGAUGACCACUUUACAGCUGAAGGAUAAGGACGAACUGCCCAACAAAGUGCCCCGCAUCUCCAUCAGCAGGUCCUCCGCAAUGUUCAAAGUGGAGAUCAACCAGGAGAAGAACGGCAACCUCAUGCUCAUACAGCCAUUGGACUACGAGACCACGCCUAUACACACCGUCGUUGUGGAGGUACAUGAGGAACUGGCAGUACGCCCUCCCGAAAACGCCAGAAACGCCAUCACCACGGCAACGGUCACCAUACAUGUUUUGGACGUGGACGAGCCACCAGUUUUCACCAGGUCCAGCUAUAACUUUGUUGUGGAGGAGGAAAAAAUCGUGCAGAACAUCGGCACCGUCUCAGCCACUGACCCAGACAGGGCUAAGAAUACGAUACGAUACUCCAUCUUGGAUCGAGACUGCCCGUUCUCCAUCGACCCCAAGACUGGUGUGCUGUCCACUGUCAGGCCCCUGGACCGCGAGCUCGAGGCCACACACAUGUUUCAAGUCAAAGCGCAGGAGGAUGGGAGCGGUUUGGAGACAUUUGUCAAAGUGGACAUCAGCGUUCAGGAUAUCAAUGACAACAAACCAGAGCUGAUCGCCGAGGACAUAUUUUUGUGUGAAAACGACCAAACUAAUACGGUGCUGGGGACUCUGAGAGCCACAGAUAAGGAUGAGCAGCCAGCCAGGUUCAGCUUCGGCCUGGCCAGCCCCAGCUCCAACUUCACUGUCCGGGACCACGGAAAUAACUCGGCGGACAUCUUGGUGAAGCAGGGCCCCUUCAGCUUGGAUGACUCUCGGGACUACAGCGUGACAGUGAGGGUGGGCGACGGAGGGAGGCCGCUGCGCACCAGUACCACCCAAGUGACCAUCAAGGCGUGUAGCUGUGACCACCGCAGAGUGCCCACCCAGUGUAAGGCGGCCGGGCACAGGGUGGGAGUGAGCGUGCACGCCCUCAUCGCCAUCCUGCUCUGCAUUCUCAUCAUCCUCGUGACCGUGAUCCUGUUUGCCAUAAGGAAGCGUUACCAAAAGGAGCACCUGUCCAGUCUGAAGCACAGCGGAGAGAUCCAUGAGCAGCUGGUGACCUACGACGAGGAGGGAGGAGGCGAGAUGGACACCAACGGCUACGACGUCUCCAUCCUCACCUCAGCCUGCCAUGACGGCUCUCUGCUGCGUCACCCGGACAACCACCCCCACCCCUCCCUCUACGCCAUGGUCCAGAAGUCCCACCCCCACCAGCCUAACGCCUGCAAGGGAGACAUGGCCGCCAUGAUCGAGGACAAGAAGUUCGAAGCCGACCACGACCGCGACGGCUUCCCUUACGACACCUUACACAUCUACGGCUAUGAGGGCCCUGAGUCGCUAGCCGGUAGCCUUAGCUCGCUCGAUAGCUCAUCCAGCGGUUCGAACUUGGAUUACGAUUUCCUCAACGACUGGGGACCUCGCUUCAGAACCCUCGCUGAGCUGUACGGAGUAAACAACCACGAGUAUUACCACCAAUAUUGAGAUUCAAAAAAAACAAAACACAUUUCAAAACGGUGGUAAAAAUGAGCCAUAAGAUUUCAACUGCCGAAAAAAAAACAAAAAAAAACAUCCAAUCUCUUUGCAACUGGCCGUUGAUCAUCGAGUUAGCUUGUUAACUUGUCUUGUCUUGUCUAGCCCCGGUCUGUUCUCUCCCAAUUAGAGCGCCAUCCGAAGGCAGCGGGUUCCUGUUGAAUCAAAGGACCCCUGAUUUGGUUUUGAUGGCUCUUUCCGUCCUCUCGCGGGUGUUGACGAGUAACAUCAAAAUGCAAUUCAACGGGAGCAGGCAAAAAGGGACCGCAGACGAGCAAAGAGAUGAAAGUUAAGACAGCUACUAUGAUGUGUCUUUAUAUAUAUAUAUCUACUCCACAAGUGAAAAGUGAAGAUAUAAGCCUAUUAUUUUAUUGUACCUAAGAUUUUUUUUUUUCUUUCUUGGUUCUUAGAGGCAAUUAGUGUCCAUCUUGGAAAAUUGUAUUCCCAUGACAACCACUAGCCCUUCAUUAACAUUCAUGCUAUGUACGAGUGUUGGUUUGACAUGGCAAUGAUAGUAAGCAAAAGUGGACCACAUUAAUUAUACUGAAAUAUAAAAAAUACACUCUGUACUUUAGACUGUAACUAUAUUUAGGAGUUGCUUUGUUUUAUGUUUAACCAAUGAGACAAAAAGUUACCAGCUGAAGUGACCAAAAAAAGAUUUUAUUUUUCUGCUGAAACAUAAGUAAUAACAAUUUUUCAAAAUGUCAAAUUCAAAUAUAUGAAAACACUCUAUACCACCUUGUGAUGUCAUGUGAUAAUACAGGAAGUGCUCCACUGUGUUUUUAAUCUCCACACACCUUCACUAGAAUCAUUUAGAUAAUUUCAGCCCUGGAAUUGUCAGUCUGUACUGAACAAAAAACGUAAAAAACAGUAGGGGUUAACUUGAAAACUACUUCAUGACAUCAUAAGGUGGAACGGAGCAUUUUGAGCUUUGGAAAUGUAAACAGACUAAUAAACCAGGAUUAGUGAAACAUGUGUGAAUGAAACACAACUCCAGGUCUGUUUUUGAGGGGGUAACCGCAUCAUAACAUGGUUUAAAGCUCACAAGAGUCAGUUUUGUGUAAUAUAGGACCUUUAAUUUAUCAGUAGUUGUAGCUCAUCUGUAACUCCAAUGUGGGGAAAAAUAAAAAUUGAAGUUAUUUUGAUGGAUUACAAGUAAAAUCUAAAAUCUGUUACAUUUCAACAUAUGUGCCUAACAGAAAACAUACUCCCCAAACUUUAAAAGCUAGCCAAGUCAUAGUUAGCGAACCACGUCUGCUUAUAUUUAUGAUCAGUCGUAUCUUUUUACAAUACGACUUGUGGCAUUUUUCAUACGCAUAAAAACCCAUAUAAUUUCUUAAAAUGGAUGAAAAUAGAUACACUUUAUAAUGCUGAUAUGUUUUACUGUAAAAAUGCGUUUUUCAUGAAUUGACUUAAAAACACCAUUAUGUCUGAUUUAAAUAUACUCAUGAAUAAAAGUCGUUGAAUUCGAAAUUGCGCAUGUCAAACCAACUCACUGCUCACUUUUGUUUUCUCGAGCUUUCUAUUGUUAGCCUGUAAUCAUCUUUAUCUUUGAUGUUUCCUACUUUUUUCUUUCAAACCAAAGGACCAGAGACAAAAGGUGUUUUUUCUUUCUUUUUUUUUUUUUUGAUCCAGAAGUUGAUGAUUGGAUUUGUAAAUAGGGAUUUUUAUUGUUUGAGGUGAGAAACUUUUGAACAGCCACCAGAGUUUUAAGUCAAAGAGAGCGGGUGUGGUUUGAUCAGCCAGAUGUCCUCGCUUUGUUGUUUCAAGAAUCCAAACUACAACUUUUUUGCUGUAAAUGAAAGACAAAUCCAGUCACAUCAACAUAUACAAAAUAACAGGGAUGGUCUGAUAUAGAUAUUUUUCGUUUCAACCGAUACCGUUAUCUGAUAAUCACCUUGCUGUUGUGGCCAAUAACCGAUCGUGCUGGCGUCAAUCAUUCAAACUCUACAGCAAUUCCCACGAGUUGAUGUAAAGUUCACGAUUUUACUUUCACUUUGGCUAAAAUUAUCCCAACAUCAAUUUUAAUGGUUUACAGCAUAUUUUUUUAUUUUUAUUUUUGUAAUGAUAAUGUAAAAAUACAGCCACAUUUUAGGCUUAAUGUGUAUUUUUUUUCCACUGUAAGGCUUUAAUCCGUUUAAACAGACAAGCCGUCACAACAUAAAGACAAGACUUGAAAAAAUAUUGGCGCGAAAUAUCGGGGAAGUUUCUUGCACCAAUCUGGCUUUCUCAGUUCUGGUAACGAUAUCCAUACUUGGGCUUUGUGUAUGUCCUGAUUCCCAGUAUCUACCGAUUUUGGGUUACUUACCUUAAAACUACUUCAAUAUGUUGCAAAAAAUGUUAAGAAUUGUUAAUAUUAUAAUAACAUCUAAUCUAUUUCGUAAAUGCGAAAAGAGAAUUCUAUCAGUCCUGAUUAUGAGGUAUCACAUGUCAAAAGUUAUUGGGUUGAAGUUGGUAAAAAUGUGAUCUCAAAAUGGCUAAUUGGAAUAUCGGAUCAGUUUUGGAAAAUUGGGAAUCCUGGUAUUGAUAUCGGUGCAUCCCUAAUGGUUUUCACAUGAGAAAAACUUGAGCAACCUCAUCAGGAAACCCUUUGUCCUAGUGUAAAAGACUCAUUCUGUGCCUCUAAAUGCCCAAUUUUCCCUGUUAUUUUUGCUCUUAGCCAUGAAAAGACAAUAGCUACCCCGACAGAGGAAACGGUAGCGGAGAAGCAUGGACAGAAUUACAACGUUUUCAUAGGUUUUAUUUGACACAACCCAUCAUCAGGGUCAUUCAAAGAGAUGUAAGCUCCAAAUCCCUAAGGCCCACUAGAACAGAAGUCAUGCAGGAAACGCACAGUGACUAAAGGCAGAUAUUUGGACAGCGGAUGGCUCUGAUCGCUUUAACCUCCCAUCCCCUUUGGCGGACCGACACAAAAGUGCUACUCGUCUGAACGUAAAAGUCCAGGUGACUCAGGUUUUUAUAAAGCCUUGUCCUCCAGUGGUCCUGUUUUGGGCACAGAUUUAGUUGUGUCCUGUUCUAGCCCUGGUUCAGUCCUGAUCUAGUCUUGGUUUGGUUCUACGUUUAGUAACAGUUUAGUCCUAAUUUUGAUGUUGUCGUUGUGCAUUUACAGAACUCAUCCUAGAACUACAAUGACUCUGGUUCAAUCCUGGUUGGGUCCUGUUCUAGCCCGGGUUCAGUCCGUCCUGAUCUAGUCUUGGUUCGGUUCCACGUUUAGUCCGAGUUUAGUCUCCAUUUUCAUGUGGUCAUUGUGCACGUGUGCUCGAAAACUGCAUUUUGUUAAAUUGGAUGAAGGGUUUUUGGGGAAUCCGUUACUAUGAGUUGGUCGUGAAGAUUGCUAAAAGUUCCGUAAGAUUUUUUUUUUCAUUUGACCCAGAUGAAGCCAAAGUGAUGAAGUGUAUUUACAGGCCAAAUAGAAAAUGUGCAAGUUCUCUCAGUUCACUGCACGGUUUGGAGUCCAGAUAACAUCAUGGUUGGUGAUUAUUUUAUUUAUCGAUUAGUUGCGAUUAAUCAAUGAACUUAUUUCAGCCUUAGGAAGACGUUAUAUUUGUGGUUUAUAAAAUGUGUAGCCUUAUUUGCUAUCUCUUUAUGCUAUGUCCCUUCUGGGGUUCCUUUAGAAAUACAUAACAAAGGUAAACCAGUCUUGAAAUGUUCAUCUGUUCAAAAUGUUCUGACUUCAGGAAGGGUAGAAAGUGUAGUCUUUUUGUGAUGAAAACUAGGCCAAAGCAACAGGAAGAUAAACACAAAAUGGUGGUCUGACAUUCAAAGGAUUUAUCACAAAAAAAAAAAAGAAAAGAAAAUGACAAAAAUGUAUCUGGAGAUGUUUUGUGUUCCGGUAUCUGGGGAACUUAUCUUUCAUAUCUUUAAAGUUCAAAUUCUAAUAAACUGUGAAACAAAACAUUUCGCAAGAAUCCAUCUAGACGACUAUAUACCCAGAUGCCUAUCAAACAGUGCCACAGUGGAUUAAGCGUUCACCCGCUAUCUGGAAAGUUUCCUGUUCAAACCUCAUUUCCAUGUUUUUGUUUUUGUGCCUCCGAGCAAGACACUUCACCCAUAUUUCCCAGAAAAUUCACAAUUCACAUAGCUGGCUGCAACAGGAAACCAGAAUGAAAAAUAUAUGCAUUUUACAUUCAAGGACAUUUAACUUUAUGGCACUCGCGUACAUUUUCAAACUCAAUUAUAAGCUAACUUUUAGAACGUUGUAGAUAUAUGAAUCAAAUCUUAGCACCUUGUAAGACAAACUCAACUGCUAAAUGAUCAAUGCUGUAACCUUUUUACCUUGAGUGUAAUUACCUUGAAUAAUGGCUCCAUGGACCGGCUGACCUUUGACCUUCAAUUGUUUAAACACUUGGUAGAAUUUACGACUGCGGGCCAGUGCUGUGUGCAGAUAAAUCUCUACCUCUGCAUUUAGAACAGCGCCUCAUUUAGGUCACCGUUUUAAUAGCUGAUCAUUAAUCAACAGUGCCAGCCUUUUCACCGGGCACACCCACACCUAGCAUAGCAUGGUCACAAAAUAUGGCUGAAUUUGGAAACGUGCUACUUGAAUUUUAGCUAGCUUUGUGUUGAAGUUUCCGUUUAAAUGUGACAUAUUGUGCGUUUUGUAAAGCCGAGUAGUAAAGGGUCCACGCACCCCACUUGUCUCCACGGAGAUGUUGUUGCUUCGCUUGGAAUGUUCCGCAGUAUGAUGUUAAACUUAUGUGUCUGUGUCUUAAUGUGGCCGGGUUCGCCGCUCCACAGAUAUGACUGUACCUUUUCCUGGUGACACUAAUAGCUGGUCUAUAAGGAGUUAAAUGAGUUUAAUGCGAUACUGUAGAAGAUUCCAGACAAUUUAACUACAUCUCCAUGGAGACAAGCUGGUGGCGCAACCUCCACCAAAAAAGUUACUUUAAAUUCAGUUUUGACAAUGUUGUUUCCUCAUCACAAAUAUAUUUUUUAUUGACUUUAAUCAGUAGAAAAACAGAAUGUAACCCAAUUUUUAAGUUAAUUAAAUUAUCUGCCUGCUAGCAUCAUGUGGCUAAAAUGUGCUAAUUUUAACAUAAUUUAGUCCCUACUGUCACUAGCAGAGUGUGCAGAUGCUAACCUAACUGUUCACUGUGUUUUUUGGGGUUAACACCAUUGCAAAGAUUUUCAAAUGUUAAAAAUAAAAGUAUAGGUCUCCUUUAACUUCCGAAACAUCCAUUAUAACUGACAGCCAUCUUUGUUUUGAGAAUCUUGUUCAAAUUGACCAAUCGUGUUUAUUUAUCCUCCCGUUUAUUCUAUUUGGCUUGGCGCUAACCUCUUUUCCUUAAACCUCGUACACAAUAGGAGGAAGUGGCGUCACGCUUUUCCCUGUGCACUUCGCAUACAUCGGUGUUUAUGUCCAGGCCGACUGCUCUAAUCAGUUAAACUAAACAACGUGGCCCCUCUGCCAUCUGCCCGGCUCUGGCCCCGCCCCUUCCUGUCCACCUUAUCUGCCUCAUUGUGCCGACUUCCUGUUAGCUAGUGGGAAACGGCGGGCCGGAUAAGGCAGAGAGGAACGCAAAAGCAAAGAUGGUGAGAACAAUGUGGAGUCGUGAUGAGAUUUCCACCCCGUUUGAAUCAAAGACGCUAGCAUAGCAUUCCCGAGUGUUGUUUACAUCCUGGUCUCUGCAAGGGCAUUUUCAAGAACCAAUCACAAGUCGACAAACUAGGACAAAGGGACAAAGGUAUCUCAAGUUUUUGAAUAAAUAUCUGACUUUUUUAAAGGCCCCAUAUUACACAAAAGGGAUUCUUAUGAGCUUUAAGCCGUGUUAUAAUGUUGUUACCCAGGGGCAUCGGACUGAGGGGCAAUAGGUACUAUUUACCCAGGGCCCAGAAUGUGGUGCUGCACCCCUGUUGUUGUGUUUUGUUUCAGUAAUCCUGCAUGAUUAGUCGGUCUACAACUCCAAAGCUCUGCUCCACCUUGUGAUGUCACGAAGUGGUAGUUUUCAAGAUAACAGCUCCUUUUUGUUCAAUAGAGAUGGGAAAUUCCAAAGUUGAAAUUAUCCAAAUUUCCAAAUUUUUUCUAAUGAAGAUGUAAGGAGUUUAAAAAACACAGUGGAGCACUUCCUGUAUCACAAGGUGGAACAGAGUGUUUUCAGUUUGACAGAAGAACUAAAUAUGUCUAAAUAUGCAAUGUUUGUGUGUUAAACAUAAAACAAAACACAACUCCCAAGUUUGUUAGUAAUGAGGAAACAACAUUAUAACAUAAAUCAGAAAGUAGCGUAAUAUGGGCCCUUUAAGUUUAAAGAGGACAAACUAGAGUGUGAUAGACAGUGCUUCAAGUGAUAAUAAGCACUCCCCUCAUUUUUUUUUCCAUAAGAGAAUUAAGUUUUUUGUGAAAAAUGUUAAAUGAACAUGUCCCAAGACUGAGGAAUUACACUGACUGAUGAUGAUGUUUUGACAGUUUAAUGGCGGUAUCGGGUGGAACUAAGAAAAUUAUGCCAUCGCUCCUCCCCAUAAUCCUGGUGGAAAUAUUCUUUAAAAUUAUAUGAAAAUGGAACUGUUAAAACGCUUUUUUUUCUCAUUGUUUUUACUGUUGGAGCUUUAUCAAACAAAGACAAUUUCUUUCAGACAUUGCGGCGGGCUGCGUGAGCUUGCCUUCUGGACGUACUUUUUAAAGCAAUAAGGAGAAAACUACACGAAGGAUUGAACAGUUUAACAUUUUUUUCCAUAAAAAUGUAAAAAAAAAAUGCACAUUUACUUAUUUUUUAUGCAAUGUAAAGGAUUGUAAAGGACUAUUUUUAAGUGCCAUGUUUGUCCGGAUCAGCUUGUCUUUAAUGUGUGUGUUUUUGUCUAUACUAUUUUCAUUUUUGUAUCUGGAGAAAAAAUGUGUAGCUAGAAUCUCAAACUCAAACAAUCUCAACUCAAUCAAAGUCUGACUACUGGCUAUUGUUAGGCGCCACAUUGGUUUGUUUCAUUUUAAAGGUGCAUUUAAACAUGUCAAAAGACACUUAUCUAAAGAAGCUAAUACACAACUUAUCAACAACCAUAUACGAAUUACAUUUAACAGACAAGUUGAUUUUAAAGAACACAUAUUAUGCAAAACCAUAGACUGUAUAAAAAAGUGGACUAAGUGAGUGUGAUGUCACCCAAACAUUUUUUAAUAGAAAGGUUAGACAUGUCCAUUUUUAUCUACGCUCAAUGUGCCAAACUGACUUUUUGGAGCUUUUAACUUAACCAUCUUAUAAAGUUGUCUCCUCUUCAAAAACAAACCUAAAGUUGCAUUUUGCUUCAUUCACGCUUGUUUCAUGAAUCUGUUAAUCCAAAGUCAUCCCCUCUGAGCCCCAUAAAUGCUCCGUUUGCAUUUUGCCUGAAUUGUUGCAUCACAGGUAAAAAUCUCAACUUCUCCUGCCGUUUUUUAAGUCCACAAACCAUCAUAGGCAGAGGGAGCUCCAAUGUCUAAAUGCCUCAUGGGAAACAGAGGUGUAGUUUAUAAGUUGAGAUUGUUUUACAUAUUUAGAUGAUAUUUUAAGUCAGAAAAUGUGAAAUACGUAUCCCAUGGUAACCAAAAGCAUGUUUAAAGGGGAAGUAAAGCUACAAAAAUGCAUAAUAUGUGUUCUUUAACUUAUCUAUUACUCUGUUACUAUGGCGUUACUAUGGCGUCUACCCUUGAAUGUUCAUGUCUUGGCUCACAAAUGCAAUUCCCAAAGUUGCCAGUAGAGUAUUGCCAAAGGGCUACACUGCACCUUUAAUGUUUGAAUCUAUUGGAAUACCAUAAUUGUAUAUCGCAUAUUUCACAAGUGUGUACAGAAACAUGUGCCUAAAAUAUAGUUCUAAAAAGGCUCACUUGAAUCUGUAAAAAGAAUCAUUUUUUAUUACAUUUGUGUGUGAGUUGGUGAUGUUUUUGUUUAAAAUGCAUCUAUGGGCGACUGAGCACCCGUAGAGUUAAACAGCAGCAGUAAAUAUUGUUUAAAAAAAAAAAAAAA